CUGAUUUCGAGAUCCAGCUCUAAGCCCAGGAAAGGGCCUGGUCCUUAUUGGCUAGGUAGUUGGCGUACUUUGCUUUAAAUUGAUGUGCUCAGAAGAGCAGAACUUUGAUUCCUCAUGCAUUUCAUCUUUCACUUGUCACAGUUAACUUCUUUAUUUUCUUCUACAUUUGCCUGGACAUCUGGUCCCGGAGUCAAAGCUAUUCCAGUCCUCCAAGUGCCACACUGGACACACCCACACCCACAACACAAGUUGCAGCCUCCCUCCUCUGAGGACAACUAGACUGCAGGUACCAAGUCUCUCUAGCCUCAGUGUGAGGGCUCAUCACCCUUUACCCAUAACAACAUUCAUCUGAGGAACCCUCUUCUAUGUCAAUGUAGGGCCUCCUUCCUUUCUCCAUCUUCUCAGACUUUGCCUUCUCCUCUCUACCUCCUCCCCAUAUGCUCUUCUCUUUCUGAGACAAUAGAGUCCACCCCCUCAGACCUCCUUCUCUCAAUCCUCUCUUCAGCCUUUGAUGCUUCUGAACCACUCUUUCCUCUUUGAUAUUCUCUUCUCUCUAAGAUUUUAGGACACAGCUCUCUCUCUCUCCUAGUUUAACUCCUACUUCUCUGACCUGUGAUUCUCUGUAUUCUCUGCUGACUCCUCCUCUAGAUCUUGUAACUCUAGGGUUAGGAUGAGGGAAUUCCUCCAGCCCUGUCUUUGGCCCUCUACUCUUCUCCCUCCAGACUUCUUUACUUGGUGAUCUCAUUAGCUACCAGGGAUGCAAGUACCAUCUCUCUGCUGAUGAAUCCCAGAUCUACAUUUUCUGCCUUAAUUUCUGUACUUAACUCUGGUCUUUCAUCUCUUAAUUUCCACCAGGGAUUUCACACUAGAUGACCAGUUGACAUCUUGAGCUCAGUGUUUCCCAAACACAUUGUUCUCUCUCACCUAGACAGAACCCCUACCUUCUCUAUAGCUGUAUCUUCCUCAUCCCUCAGGUUCAAAACCAAGGAGCCCCCUUUGAUGCCUCACUGUCUCUUACCCACAUAUCCAAUAUGGCACCAGGAUCAGGCAGUUUCACCUUUUCAGCAUCUCUCCAAUACUCCCCCUUCUGUCCUGUGUCACUGCCAUCAUCCUGUGGAAGCCCACAUCACCUUCCCUCCUGUACUAUUAAGAGACAACCUGUUGCUGGGUCUGUCUUUCACAAGGCUCUCCCCAGUCCAAGGUCUCCUCCAUUCUCCCACCAGAGUGAUUUUCCUACAGUGCAGUUCUGAUCAUGUCACUCCCAUACUCCGUAAACCCCAGUGGCUCCAUAUUCUUUCCAGGAUCCAAUACAAAACAUUCCGUUUGGUGUUCAAAGCUCUCUUUCUCAUCAUAUUUAUUACUCCAGUCUGUAUUCUUAGAUCUAGGGAACCUGACCUCCUGGAUUCCUUCAGCUGUAGACUUAAAAAAAAUCCUUUGCUUUCUGUCUUAGAAUUGAUGGUAAGCAUCUGUUGUGAGGCAGAAGAUGGGUAGGCAAUUGGGGAUAAGUGGCUUACCCAGGGUCACAUAGGAAGUGUCAGAGGUCAUAUUUGAAAUCAGAACCUUCUGUCUCUAAUUCUAGUUCUCUAUUCAUGGAGUCACCUAACUGGCCCAAAAUGGAAAAGGUUUGUCCGUACCUUCCGUCUUAGCAUCAGUUCUAAGAUAGAUGAGUGAUGAGGGCUAGGUAAUCAGAGUUAAGUGAUUUACCCAGGAUCACACAGCUAGGAAGUAACUGUGGUCACAUUUGAACCCAUGUCUUCCUGACUCCACAUCUGGCACUCUAUCCACCAUGUGAUCUGGCUGUGUCUAGUUCCAGGCAUUUUCAAUGGCUUUAUCUCAUGUCUGGAAUGUUUUUCAUCCACAUUUCAUAUCACUUACCCCUUUUAACUUCCUGUUAAGUCCCAACUAAAGACUAAAAUCUUUCUACAGGAAACCUUCCCUCAUCCCUCUUAGUCAGAGUGACUUCAUUCUUUCCAUUCUUCCCUAUUUCUCCUAGACAGAGCUCACAUUGUGUCUGCAUAUUGUCUCCCUCCUCCACUGGACUAUGAGCUCUUGGGGAGCAAGGAUUGUCUUUUGCCUCUUUGGGAAUCCUCAGAAGUGCAGAACAGGAUGUGGUGACAUUCAAGGAUGUGGCUGUGGACUUCACUCAGGAGGAGUGGCACCUCUUGUCCCCUCCCCAGAAGGAGCUGUACAAGGAGAAGGAGAGAUCAGAUAUGAAAUGAAAGCAAAUCCAACAGAGAAGAGCCCUUCUGUGGAAGAAAUGGACCUACAAAGAUUCCUGAGUGAUGGUCCCAAUAACUUUGCUUUCAGACAAUUUUGUGUUGCACCUCAAAAUUCAUCUCAUAUUGAACAUCAAAGAAGGCACACUGAGGAUAAAUGUAGUGAAAGAAAUCAAUGCGGAAAGAUAUUCAUGUAUAGCUCUUCUUUUGCUCUACAUCAGCAAGUCCACACUGGGGAGAAACCUUAUGAAUGCAAGCAAUGUGGAAAGGCAUUCAAAGAAAGGUCCCGUCUUGCUGUACAUCAGAGAACACACACUGGUGAGAGACCUUAUGAAUGUAAGCAGUGUGGAAAGAUGUUCAGUCAGAGUCACAAUCUUAUUACACAUCAGAGAAUUCACACUGGUGAGAGACCUUAUGAAUGCAAGCAAUGUGGAAAGACAUUCAGUCGGAGCUACAGUCUUGGUUUACAUCAGAGAACGCACACUGGUGAGAAACCUUAUGAAUGCAAGCAAUGUGGAAAGACAUUCAGAGAAAGGUCCCAUCUUGUUGCACAUCAGAGAAUCCACACUGGUGAGAAACCUUAUGAAUGCAAGCAGUGUGGAAAGACUUUCAGAGAAAGGUCCCAUCUUGCUGUACAUCAGAGAACACACACUGAUGAGAAACCUUAUGAAUGCAAGCAGUGUGGAAAGACAUUCAGAGAAAGGUCCCGUCUUGGUGUACAUCAGAGAAUCCACACUGGUGAGAAACCUUAUGAAUGUAAGCAAUGUGGAAAGACAUUCAGUAAGAGCCCCAAUCUUAUUACACAUCAGAAAAUCCACACUGGUGAGAGACCUUAUGGAUGCAAGCAGUGUGGAAAGCUAUUCAAAGAAAGGUCCCAUCUUGCUGUACAUCAGAGAACACACACUGGUGAGAAACCUUAUGAAUGCAAGCAGUGUGGAAAGACUUUCAGUCAAAGCCCCAAUCUUAUUACACAUCAGAGAAUCCAUACUGGUGAGAGACCUUAUGAAUGCAAGCAGUGUGGAAAGACAUUCAGUCGGAGCUACAGUCUUGUUAUACAUCAGAGAAUCCACACUUUUGAGGAACCUUAAGAAUAAAAGCUAUGUUGAAAGAUGUU